AUGUCGCUCAACACGAAUUUUCAUUCCGAUAAAGGGAAAAAAUAUGGACGGUCACUUUUCCCUUGGCAUUUUUCGAAAGAAGAUCUUAUCAUCAACACUGGCAGUCGACAAGAUGGAAUGACAUAUGAAGAGGAACUCUAUAAUCGCCAGAAAGCUUGCAAAUUUUUGUCUGAGAUGGUUAUAAACUUAACACAUGCCAAGGGGGAUCACUUGGCUACUGGUGUCGCUGCGGUCAUCUUGAACCGCUUCUUCAAAUUCCAUUCGUUCAAAAGACUUGAUUACAGGGAUGUCGCAGCAGCAUGUUUAUUUUUAGCUGGAAAAAAUGAGGACAGUCCCAGGAAGCUUAAAUAUAUUGUAAACACUUGGUGGCAACUAAAGUAUCCACAUCAAAAAACGUUCCAAUCAGAAGCGCAUUUCCUAAGCGCUUGUGAACUGAUAACUGCUUUGGAAAACUGUGUGUUGCGCACAUUGGCUUUUGACAUGAACGUGGAGCUACCUCACCAGUUUUUACUUCAUUUAAUGCAUGAAAUUGAACGUGGAAAAGGUGUAUAUAAAGAUAUGGUUCGGACAGCAUAUUAUUUGGCGACAGAUGUCUUAAUGGUCACUGAUUGGAGUUUAAGGUACUCGUGUUCAGCAAUUGGAGCAGCUUGUUUGGAAAUAGCCUGUUUCUUUCACGACUUGAAAAUGUCUGAGAUUGCACCGCCAAAUUACGCUGAUAACUGGUACCGUAAAGGAGAUCCACAUUUAACCGCUGAAAAGCUAAAAGAAAUGGUGGAUGAGUUUCUCGACGUAUUUAGCAAGCAUCCUGAACUUCAUAUUGGUUCUCUGAAAAAAAUUGACACUAAAGGAAAAGUGAAAAUUUUUGAACCGAGCCCAGUUGUUUCUUCAACUCUGCCUCCACCUCCGGCAGCUCCGAUGCUAACAGCUCCCAAGAAAAUUGAUAUGACGACGUACAAGGAAAGGCAGAAGAGCAAUUUAGCUGCUGCGGCAGCUGUUAUAACCACAACGAGCCCUAGACAAAGUUUUCUACCAGACGUACAAAAUCCCGCUGAGCUGAAAAAACAGUUAGAAAAACAGAAGAAGGAGGGAAUGCAUGUUGAUACUUCUCAUAGAGAUCGUUAUUUUGAAAAAACGCAUACAAGCGAAUAUCGUCGUCUGCAACGUCCGCACUCAAACGGCGAUAAUAAGUCAGAACGACAAUUCUAUAAUGAAGAUCGGAGACCCGACCGUCCAUCUUCCAACGGUAGUUAUUCUGAAUAUUUAUAUCCAAUCGGCAACGAUCAUGCGGAUUCUAAAUUACCGAAACGUGGUCAUGGAGGAGUUAAACACGAGUACGAAAUGAGUUUAAAACGGAGUAGAACUGAAUCUUCAAGUAGCACGUCAAUUUCGUCAUCUACUCAUAUUUCGGCUUCGCUGUACGACCGUCAUGCUGGCUCUAAAAAAUCUGCGUAUUUGAAGCAAGUUGAAGCAACAACAAUGACACAGAAACAUGGCACGAGCGACGUACUCAAACCUAGGCAUUCUUCGCCGUCGGCGUAUCAGAAAAUAUGUAUGGAAAUGGACAAUAGACAACGCCAACACUCGCAAGAUCCAUCGCCGCCCACAUGCUCGCCGCCCGAACCACCACUAAACUUGCGUUUUGCCCCUCCGCCUCCGCCACCACCGGUUUUUAUUGAUAUGGAAAUGGAGGAUGGAGAGCUUCUAUAA